AUGUGGCUUUACAGAUUAAAGCCUUUCUCUCCCUUCAUCAAACUUAAUCCGUCCCCCGCGCCCUCAACUCCCCCCGCGCCCUCAUCCUUAACCCCCGCACCUCAUCCUUCCCCCACGCCCGCAUCCUUUCCAGCCCUAUACCGCACCUCGAGCAAUGUUCAUGCGAUCGCCUCGUUCCUGGACUCCACCAUGCCUGACGGAAAUAACCAUUCCGUACCGUGUUUUAGCAUUCUGUUUGCUUAUACCACCGUGUUGAGAUACGUUCUGGUUGAUGCUCUUUGUGGACAAUCCACGUCAGCGUCGCCCCAGCAGAUCACCCCGUCACCGCCAGGUCAACAUCUCCCAGAGGCUUCCAUUUCCACAGCGACCGCGCGCACGCCCGCUCCUGCAGCCGGCGCGAGCGGAAGCGCGCCGAGCCGAGCCGCUCCGCAGAUGCCGGCGUUCGACCACGUGCCGGAGCCGUACACGGGGCCGCGCGCGGAGGAGGUGCUGAAGAAGCGGCAGCAGUUCCUCAACCCGACCAUCUUCGCCGAUACGAACUACACGUGGCGGUGGGGCGCAUGCAGAGCCUCUAAGUCGUUAGGACGGCUGCGGUGCCUCUAUGACGCACAUACUAGCCAGUCUGACAUCUCCCCCCCCCUCCCUUCCUCUGCCACCUCCCCCGUAUUCCCCCUCCACCCACCCACCAAACCCCUCCCACCCUUUCCCCUCCCCCCUUCGUCAACUACACGUGGUGGAGGGGCGCAUGCAGUACCUCUGCACGUGGUGGAGGGGCGCAUGCAGUACCUGUACGACGAGGACGGGCGGCGGUAUUUGGACGCAUUCGCGGGCAUAGUGACGGUGUCGGUGGGGCACUGCCACCCCGCGUUCGUGGCGGCGGUGGCAAGGCAGAACGCGCUGCUGCAGCACACGACCAGCAUCUACCUCAACCACCAGAUCGCGGAGUAUGCAGAGGAGCUCGCUGCUAAGAUGCCCGGCGAUCUCAAGGUUAGUCCUCGCUGCUGGGCUGGUGAGCUGCUGGUGAGAUGGUG